UGUAGCACCGUGUCGGAAAUGACGUAAAAAGUCCCAAACUUUUCCCGCGAUUAGUAUCUUGCGUUGGACUUGAAGCUGUUGAAUCACCAAAAGCGGCACAAUGGCGAGUAUUUAUGAAUCCCCCAAAACGCGUAUCAACACCAGCAUGCUCUCUCAGUAUAUCAGCAGACCCGUGUGCUUCGUUGGGCGUCUUCAGAAGCUGCACCCGUCUGGGAAGUCCUUCACCCUGCUGGACGGAGAGAACAAUGCGGCGUCUGUGGAGCUCAACGACCCGGUUAACGAAGAGCUGAGUGGGAUUGUGGAGGUGAUCGGGAUGGUGUCCAACAAGGCCACGGUCAUGGCCUCAGCCUACACAGCCUACCGCGAGGACAAGGAAAAGCCGUUUGACCUGGAGCUGUACAACGAGAGCCUGAAGAUAAUCCACGACUUCCCGCAGUACUACCCGUUUGAGGUGUCGGCCAGCGGCUGACCCCCCCAAAGCAUCGAAUUCAAGAUCUUAACUUCUUUUCUUUUUCUUCUCUACAUCUGUUAAAUGUACUUGUGUAAAAUAUGGGAGAUUGUGUAAAA